CAGCGUCGUAGCCUAGGAGAUGUUAUGUUUACGUCCGGGUUGAAAGCAGCAGGGUCACCAACACGCCCACGACACCGAGCAAAGCGGAUUAACGUCCCGCAGAGAUGGCAGGGGAGACCGAGGACGAGAUACCAGAAUCAGGAGCGGUUUUCACUUUCGGAAAGAGCAAGUUUGCCGACAACGUUCCCAGUAAAUUCUGGCUCAAAAAUGACACCCCCUUAAAAAUAGCCUGCGGGGACGAGCAUACCGCCUUAAUAACAGAAAAUGGGAAACUCUUCAUGUUUGGCAGCAACAACUGGGGCCAGCUUGGUCUGGGAUCCAAAGUGACUGUGAACAAGCCCACUUGUGUCAAAGCUCUGAAGUCAGAGAAAGUCCAGCUUGUGGCCUGUGGAAGAAACCACACUCUCAUCUGCACAGCUCAGGGAAAAGUGUUCGCCUCAGGCGGGAACAGUGAGGGUCAGCUGGGGCUCGGUGACUGCGAGGAGAGGACGGCCUUCAAGAGGAUCGACGUCUUUGACUCACAUGGACCAAUCAAAAUGCUCGCUGCCGGUUCAAACACCUCCGCCGCUCUCACAGAGAGCGGUAAACUGUUCAUGUGGGGCGACAACACGGAGGGUCAGAUCGGUCUGGGGAAGGAGAGCCACGCCUCCUCGCCGCAGGAAGUCAGCGUGGGACGACCAAUCAGCUGGGUGUCCUGUGGAUACUACCACUCUGCCUUAGUGACAGUCGACGGAGCUCUGUACACGUUCGGAGAGCGCGACAGUGGUAAGCUGGGUCUGGGCACCGACCAACUGCAGCGACACCGAGUCCCUCAGCUGGUGAAGAGCAUCAAGGAGCCGGUGAUACAGGUGGCCUGCGGAGGUGGACACACGUUGGCACUCACAGAGGAUGACGUCUUCACGUUCGGUCUCGGUCAGUUCGGACAGCUCGGUCAUGGGACGUUCAGCUUCGAGUCGCGGCUGCCGCGGCCCGUCGAGCACUUCAAGAAGGGCCGGGUGUGUCAGGUGGCCUGUGGUGAAAACCACAGCGCUGUCAUCACAGACGGCGGUUUGCUGUACACGUUUGGAGACGGCAGACACGGGAAACUGGGCCUGGGAGAAGAAAACUUCACCAACCAGUUUAAACCGACUCUGUGUCCACGCUUCCUCAAGUAUAACGUUCAGGCAGCCACGUGCGGCGGCUGUCACAUGGUGGUGUUGGCUCGGCCGCGAGACGAGAGCUGCAACGACGUGAGCCUGGAGGAAGACGACAUGACAGAAGACUACCUGGAGAAGCCGUACGUGGAGCUGCUAGGGGGGACAGCCGACUCCUCCACCCUGCAGAGGAGCCUCUCUGCUCGGGUUCGCAGGAGAGAGAGGGAGAAAUCUCCGGACCAGUUCGGCACCAUGUUCCGCACGCUGCCCGCUAUGAUGCCCGGCUACCUCCACCCGCCGCUGCCCAUCUCCAGUCAGACCAUCCCGCCGAGACUGCCUCCGCCCGAGCUGACCCACAGAAAGGUGCUCAACGGCACUCACCAACACAGGAGCGCAGGGUCAAACCAGCAGGGGCAGACAGGCGGCGAGACAGACAGCGUUGUGGAGAGCCUGACCGACGCCGACAGCGUUAAAGGGCUGGGAGACACGACGGACUUCCUCAACAUGACACACGUGAUGAAGAUGGACCCCGGCGAUAAAUCGCUCACCCUGUCUCCGGUUCAGAAGAUGUGGAGCAAAGGUGAAGAGGAAGGAGAGGAAGAUGACGAAGGAGAGAAAGAAGAGGACAAUGUUGACGAAGAAGAAGAGGAGGAGGAGGAGGAGGAGGAAGAAGAGGAUAAUGACACGUCAGCUGAGACGGAGGGACCGUCCUCGAGUUUCGACGACUCGACUGAGAAACCAACGGAGGAGACUCAGAGUCCUAAGCCUGAAGAGCUGAAAGAAGAGUCCAUACCUGAUGGGGAGCAGAAAGCAGCUGAAAUCACGGAACAGCCCGACACUACAGGUCAAGAAAAGAAAGAUGACGGCACCAAACCAGCCAAUGGGACGACAGAAAGCAACUCCAAAAGCCAAUCAGGCGCCAACAAAAAGCUCUCUCUCUUCAGACGGCUGUCCUCCUCUAGGUCGAAGCAGACCGACAGGGACCAAACCCCAGCGGAGGCUGCCACCCGCGGGGAUGCAGCCGUCCAGGGAGCGCCGCCCUCUGCUGCUGCUGCUGCUGGGAGCGGCGACACAGAGGCGAACGGAGGCGGAGCACAGCAAAGACCUCUACCAUCUGGAGCCCGGGGGCCUCGCUCUGGUGCUUGCACAAUACUGUGAUGAAGACUCUAAGGUGGCCUCAGUGAGUUAAGAGUCAGACCAAAGUGUGCAAAGGUUCAUUAGCAGUGCGACUUAAAGGGUCCGUGUGGAGUAAACUCACCAAGACAUUUAUAAAGCUGUAUUUUAAAUCCAGCAUUCUAACUUUCAGUCUUCUUCUCUACCUUUGGUGGCACAUUGCAGGUGUAAAACUCCACAGGGAACCUUUAACUGUGUUUUCAAGUCGUUCCCCUCGAGGAUGACGGCGUUGUCAUAUAGAUCUGUGGUGCACGGUAUCAUCCAGCUCCUCUGUAGAGCUGGACCAGAUCAGAUGAAGCCUCUUCACUUGUCCUCCCACAAGAGAUGCGAACAUUGCUGCUGUGACGUACAGGUGUACUCCAAGGGUGUGUCAGUACUCUGUGACAUCACGAAUGGGCGGGGUUACGGGUGGACACUUUUGACCACACCUUUCAGCCACAGAAGGCAAAAAAAAACUGAGAGGCAAAUUUUUAGUCACUUGGUAAAUGUCUCUUUAAAGGAAUACUCCACUAAAAACCUUUCAGACACCUACGGCCCGAAGCCUCUGAAAAGUUACCCAUCUGUGAAAAUGGACUCCAAAUGGAAACAAAGGCUAGACUUCCAUCUACUCAGUUGAUUCAUUGUUUGGGCUACAAAACACCAGAAAACAAUAAAAGGGAGCAAGUCAUAACAUCAGAGACACUGGAACCACCAAAUAUUUGGUAGAAAAUUAAACAUAAGAUUAAUAGAUUGUGAAAAUAGACAUUAUUUGUGCAUUGGCUAAUAAUUUCCACUCUUUUUUGUCGUCUUAAGGUCAUAAAAAGAUGCCAAAAUGUUUAAAUAAUGUGUCUCUAGAUGUCUAGACACACAGAGUGGGGCUUUAACAGGAGCCAUUGAUCUGUAAGUUCACUCCUGGGAAAGCUUCUCAGCUUUAAGGAGGCAUUACGGAGACGUGGAAGCGAGCGUUCAGAACAAAACAAACUUUUCAGGAGUGGUUUCAAAGUUUCUACGCAUGUUUGUGCGUUGCCGUGUCCUUUGGAGUCCACUUUGACUGCUGAGACUGAGCAAGGUUCAAACUUUUCAGAGGCGAACUUUCAAACACGUUUUUAACAUAAUCGUCCUUGGUUUGGCGACCCCUGUGGAAACUGAUGGCAAGCGCACUUUAAUAACAGAGCUCUGUUCCUUUUAGUGACAAGUAUGUCACACUUCCUGUAGCUUCUUCACAAUAAAAGCCACCCUCAGUUAGUUAAAGGUGAAUGCUUUUAAGGUGAAGCAGUAGCAGGAUGUGUGAAACUAGUCUGAAGCCAGACCCCACCACUAACAAUGAGAGGUUGUUACUUGAUCAUGAUGGGUUUCCUUUUGUCGUGACGUCAUCAAAGACAAUCCUGCUUAAUCACCUGACAUGAUUUCUGUGAAUUUGUCUCCGUCUGGAGCGACCAGCAUGCAGCUUUAUAUCAACCACUACACUUUCAACCACUGUCUGUUCACAAGUGACCUACAGCUGAGCCUCUUCCUCCACCAGUAUGGCCAGAAUCACCGUGUUGCUGGGCGGUUUUUAACUUUAAAGUUUGUAGUUUUUGUUGUGUGGCACAUAUAUAAAUAUAUUUUUUAAUCUAUCCAGCAGCUGAGCCUCGAGGCGUGCGUGCGUGUGUGUGUGUGUGUGUGUGUGUGUGUGUGUGUGUUUUAAACUGAGGAUGUAAAUAAUCUUAUUUAUUGUUAAGCACAUUUGCACUUUUGAUGUGACUUGUAUGCAUUUUAAAGAGAUGCAUAAGUUUUAUACUCUGACAUGAUAAUCGUCAUUUAACUAUCAACUUCAUUUUUUUUAUCAUUUGGAUUUUUUUGUGAUAUCAGUAAAGC